CUUCCCUCAUAAUGACAAUCUAGGUGGCUCAGACAAGUGAGGUGUGUCCUCCAGUCUCUGUGAUUAAUUAGACAUAAUGCUGGUGCCACAGCACCCUCUGAUGGUCACGGCUGUUCAGAGCUACUCAAAUCUUCAUUUUGGGUUACAAAACUCAGCAUUUCAUUCACAUCAAAGAUGCCAAUCAUACAGGAAAACUUUUAUUACAGUGUAAGACCUUUGCUGGGUAUUGGGAGACAGGCAUAAAGAGUAGACCACAAACUCCAAGCGUUAGAAGCACAGUUCAGAGAACUAGACUUCACCAAGGAUAACCUGAUGCAGAAAUUCGAGCAUCAUAGUAAGACUCUGGCAAGCCAAGCAGCCCAAGAUGAGAUGUGGACAGCAGUUCGGGCACUCGAGUUCACUUCAAUGGAAUUGAAUAUUUUAUACAGCUACGUCAUUGAAGUACUUACCUGCUUGCAUACUCGUGUGCUUGAGAAGCUGCCAGACCUGGUGAGAGGUCUUCCAACCUUAGCCUCUGUACUCAGACGAAAAGUUAAGAACGAGCGCAUUAGAGUUGUAUGGGAUUCCGUUCUGGAGGAGUGCGGGCUGCAAGAAGGAGACGUCACAGCACUUUGUACGUUCUUUAUUGCACACGGUAACAAGGCGGAACACUAUACUGACAAAGCGAGGCAGAUGUGCCUCAGGGACGUCACGCUCCUGAUCACUCACAUGGUAGAGAACCAGGCUCUGCAGGACAGUUUGCUGAGGGCUGUGCAGGUAAUUGAGAAGGGGAAAGCAGUCAGGACCCCUGAAGAGCAAAAGUCGCCCCUCAAAGAGUCGAUACCAUCCGUCAAAAACUAACCUGCUACCCUAUGACCCGGUGAUUCCACCUCCAGUAAUUCAUCUUGGAAAUGGCCAAAAGUAUGCACAAUGUAUUACAGCCUUAUUUUUAUAGCAAAGAGUGAGGGGAUGUGAAAUAAAUUAUGGCAAAUGGAUACAAUAGAUACUUUCUGUGUAGCCAUACAAAAGAA